AUGGCCAAUGAAGGAAAUGAAACCGGAUCAUCAGCCAACGGUACCAUCCCAAUGGAGCAAAUCAUGGACAGAGCAGUCACCAACUUUUUGCAGGCCUUGCAAACCAGUAUAGCCAAUGGGACACUAGAGAGACGAGAAGAAUCGACUACGAUUAAACAAUUUCAGGAUCUGAAACCCACUACGUUUAUCGGCGGUCCAAACCCACUAGUGGCAGAGGCUUGGGUUAGGGACAUGGAGAAAAUCUUUCGCACACUACCUUAUACAGAAAGACAGAAGGUGACUUUUACCACAUUCACCUUCAAAGACGAUGCACAAGAAUGGUGGCUUCUUACCCUAGAGAAGGAAGAUAUUGUGACUUGGGCAUCGGAAUUCAUACAUCUAAGACAAGGAAGCAUGACAGUGGCCGAAUUCGAAAGCAAGUUCACACAACUGGCCCGAUUCGCGACAUACGUUAUCCCCAUCGAAGCUCGAAAAGCCAGGAAAUUUGAAACAGGAUUGGAUCCUGAAAUCAAGGACUGGUUGGAGGUUUUGAAACUACCAACCUAUGCGGCGGUGGUAGAUCGAGCUUACAUUGCAGAAAAAGGGAUUAAAGGAUUGUGCUCCGGGGAAACAAGCCAGAGGAAGCGAUUUUGGGAAAGAGAUAACAGAAGACCCAGUGUCGCGCCUCCCAAGAGAGUAAAUACGGGGACAACCAGUUCAACCAAUUCAAGCAAUCAAGGUCCUACAAAUCCUAGAGGUGGCACCAUUCCGGCUUGCACUACCUGUGGAAAGACUCAUUGGGGACAAUGCCGUCGAGAUACGGGAGCAUGCUUUAGAUGCGGCCAAGUCGGCCACUUGCUGAGAGAUUGUCCUAAGCUUGCCAGUCCUACAAUUGGCCCCCCUGAACCAGUCGAAAACCCGCGGUACCUGGAGGAGUGA